AGGGGAAGCUACUAGCUAGAAAUUAUAACUGGAAGACAAGUCGAAGAGAAAUUUUAAUAAUACAAUUUAUAGGACAUCGGUAGUCAUAUAGAAAUUUAAAAAAAGAGGGAGGUUCUUAUCAUGGCUGCAAUAGUGAGCUCACCUCGACCGGGAAAUGACGGUCUUCUCGCAGAAAGUUCAGAUAUGGAUGAUGAAAAAGAAGCAGAGGAAAACGUUUCAGAUGAAGGUUAUUUAAUUUAAUUUUGAUGAGUCCUAACUUUAAAACUGGUCACUAAGUCUAAACAGUAUUUAAUCAAUAAAAGUAAUUUUUUUUUUUACCCAAUUGGCUUUGGGAUCCAAUCUGAAUAUUUAGACUUAGGUUAAUUAGUAUGCAUUAACUUUUUGGGGCGAGUGAGCCUUAAGAAAAAUUAAAUUGGUCUGAUGGGGCAGGCUGGGGGUAAAAUUUGGAUAAUUAUACUGUGAACUGUACACUCUGAAGGGUUUAAACUUUGUCUUGCCAUUGAUCACAUUUGGGCAGAGUGUGUUUCUGUUUUCUCAAACACAAGUUCUUCAUGCCUUGCCGUUUGCUAUAAUCCAAAGCCAAAGAGUUCGGGAAAUCCCUCAUUUAUUAGUUGCAUUACUAAUGACUAAUGGCUUAAGUCGUAAAGUAACGGGGAUGUGCAUUAAUGUAGAAUAUUCACAUUUAUUCCCUUUUGCUGACAACACACCCUUGCCAUAAGAAUACAACUUGAAAAAGGAUAAAAAUACCCAAUAAUUGUUAUAUUCGGGAUGUACAGUAUGUAGGUCAUUUAUGUGCAUUGCCGUAUAUCUGAAGGAGACAAAUAAGUUGCUAUGCAGUACUCAAUUUACACUUUGCCCCACCCUACUUUUUGUUUAUUGUCACUACUGUUAAAUAAGGUUGUAUUUGAAAGUAUGUAAAACAAGGUAAAAUGUAUGUGUUAAAGAAAUUUAUUUAACAUUUUUGGGUAAUGUUUUUAACAACUAUACUAAAACUAUAAUCAAAUUAGGAUUAUUCAUUCGGCCUUAGAAACCUUUCAGAUUAGAAUUUAUAAAAGAUCUCAUUAUUUUGCAGAAUUAAAUACACAUUUUAUAUAUUUUAAAACAAAAGCAUCACUUAACGAGUAAUUUAACAUUUUAAAGUUAUUAUGUAAUAAAAUAACAUCGCAAAAUGAAAACAAAGAAAAAAGGGUGGAAACUGUGGAAAUGCAGUCCUUGUAAAAAAAAAAAGGACAAAGGAACUUGCAUUAAAAAUAUUCAUCGCUCAAAAGCUACUAAAGCUGGAAAGUUAACAUCUGUUUCAUUUUUUUAUUUAAACUUUUCUCUCAAAAAAUGUUUUAUUUUGAUCAUUUUUUAAAAUAAAUAAAUUUUUUAAACUGUAAAAAAUCCCAAAUUAAGUUGAUUCCCUUGUGAGGAAGGACGAAUUGCACUUAAUGCGCUUCAUGCACUACCCCACACAGGCCAAAUUAGUAAACUAAAAGUAGACAGCUGUGGUAUAUACAUAUUUGAGCAGCUUGUCUUAAAUUAUUAUUUAAAAAAAAAAAUUACAAUCUUUUGCAACAUUUCUGAUUUAUGUGCUUUUUUUGUGUGGUUAAGUUGCUAUUAAAAAUUGUCCAAUUUAUUUAUUUUCUGGAGAUAUAUUUUAAGGAUAAAUAAAAUUUGCGUUUCUUGUCAUAUGGAAUAAACUUAAAAAGUAUUUUGCUAUCAGAAACUUACCAAAUCUUAUCUUCAAAAAGUGGGAAAAACCUCAGUUUUGUUUUUUUAAUCUAUUUUAUAUUGCUAUAAGUGACACCCAAUCCACUUUACAGAUAUAAUAUGGCAAUCUGUGAAUUUAUAGGAUUUUAUGUUAGGUUAUUUACUGGUAUCACUUUUAGCUUUGUGUAUUGUGCAAAAAAUCAUGUCUUGUUUUUUUCUCCACAUUUUGGGGCUAAUUUUUGUAGCAAGUACGCAAAUAAUAAAGCCAUCAUAUACAAUAAUUAAUUAGUAGAGAUGACUGCUUUGUGUGAUGUCAAUUAAGGUUGUCAUGGCGGUCUGUGUGUUAUUUGAUGCUUUUUUUUGCUUGCAUCUUUAACAAAUGAUAGACUAUCCAUAAAAUGAGUGUGAACAUUUUUAAUAUCAUCCUGCUCCACUCAGAUAUUAGCAGGCUUUUAACUAUUGAUAUUUAAGAUGUUCACCGUAAAUGAAGAUUAAGCAUACAUAUUUUGUUAUAUGACAGAAGUCUAGAUAGAUUGGGAUUUUCUGUCAUAUGACAAAGUUAAUGCUGUUGUUGAGUCUUUGGCUUUCAAUUUCAGAUACUGCAGAUGCUAGUGAGACGGAAGAUAAACCAAAAAAUAACACAAAUACAUCUUCAAACACAGUCCAAAGAACAGAAAUCAAGGAACAGUAAGUUUUAAAAAUUUUAAAUAAAUUUUAUAAUAUUUUGCCCAUUUAUCUUUUGCAGUUCAUUUAAAAAUCUAAACUAAAAUGCUAUGGUAAUUUUAUAAAUAAAUUUUACAUUAAAAUUUUAAAAAUAAUUAAUUAACUAAAUGGAAUGUGAUUAAAAAUUUCCUUAGAAUGUAUCAAGAUAAACUUGCUCAAAUAAAAAAGCAUAUUGGCAUGCUGCAAGAGGGUUCUCUGCCAGAGUUUUUGAAGCGCACCAAGAAAAUAGAACUACAUUAUAGAGAAAGAUUGAGACAGAAUGAAAUUAGUAAAACUGUAGAGGUGAGUUGCUUAGUUUGAUUAAACAAUCAUUGGUGUCUGUUAUUUUAAACCAGUGGGGCAUGAGACAUCAAAUAUCUUUCUCCAUUGGGCUCUGUAUGUUGCAACACUCUCAAUGUCCCUCGAUGCCAUUCCUAUCUCCUUGACUCUCAAUCUAGAUAGAUUCUUCACAUAUUCUUUGCCCUCAAUCCGUUGUUCUUUUUUUAGUUCAAUGCCAGUGCCUGCAUGUUUUCGUGUACUGAAUUAGUGUCAAAUUCAUCACCAAGCAAUUCAUUUGAGAAGCACAUUUAAAUGUUAAAUAAAAUUUAGUACCAUUGUGAAGAGAAGAGAUAUGAAGACUUCUAUAUGAAAUGGGUUUUGUAUGACAUUGUAGGAAUAACAAAAUACUACUUUGGUCAUUAUAUGUCUGGCUAUGCGUUAGGAAUAGUGCCAUAUGGUGCAUGUCAUAAGUAUCGAAACAUUGGUUUAUUAAGAUUUUUUUUUUCCUUUCUGUCAUUGCUUCCUUAUGUUUUGCCUCCAUGUUUAAACAUAAAUAAGAACAAAUUAUUGUGUGGAAAUUAUCUGCAGAUUGAAAGAGUUGAUAAAAAUUACCAAACAGAUUGCAACAACGCUCAAAAAGAAUUUGAGGUAAGUGUGUUCAAUAGUUAGAGAUUACAGCUUGCUGCAUUUUAUUCUAUUUAAGUAUCAUUUUAAAACAAUUUUUUUCAAAUGUAUCAGUAUCUAGCUCUUUGGUGUUCAUCUUGCUGAAGAUAUUUACCAUGCUUCAAAGUGUUAAAAGAGAGAGUUCUCAGGACAUAUUUUGCAUGUGGUGAAUAUUGUGCAUGGACACAUGAAUGUAAUCAGUUCAUUGACAUAUAUUUAGUUCAUUGAUUUGAAUAGUUCAACAGUAGUAUUAUAUUCAACUCUAAAAAUCCCAUCUAAUAAUUUUCACUGAAGUGUCUUUUAAAUAUCUUCAGUAAGUUGGACCCUACUCUCUUUCCCCUCUUCAUAUUUAGUAGUGCUGCAUGGGCCCUUGAUAUAAACCACUGGCUGCUGGUGAUAGGUGCAAUUUUAGUUUGUAUUUUUGACUUGCAGUAUUGGACAUAUAAUCUUGUAUUUGCUACUUUUUUUCUUUGUUAAUGGGUAUUUCAUUAAAAUUAAUUUAUAGUGUAGCCACCAACCAGAAGAUAAACUUACUUCUCAGCAUCAAAAAAUAAAAUUAUUUGUUUUAGUACCAGUAAUGAAAAAUAAUUAAUUGUAGGCUUUUGAACAAACAUUAGCCAUUUUAAACCAUUUCAUUAUCCCAUUCUUAAAUGUCUAUAAAACAUGGAUACUCCAGAAUUUAAUUCUGCUUUCUCUUUUAGAGAGGGCUUAAAAUGGAGUGGAAAUAGAAUUCUACAGAAAUCUACUUUUAGUACUUUAAGUAUGCAAAAGGAUAAAGAAAUAUUGUAUAAAUAUUGAAAUUAAAAUACAUAAUUCAGCUUUGGUUACCAAAAAAAAAUAAAUAAAAAGAUAUUUUGUACAACAUGUUCUCUUAGGAUUAAAACACGAUAUCCUUGUUGAUAAUGCUCAUAUUUAAUAAAUAUAAGGGUAAAUCAAUGCGAUGUAAUGAGUAAAAUUAGAUCUAUUUUGAAAAUAAUAAAUAUGCGAUUAUACAACCAUAACCUACAUUGAUUUUUUUAUCAUAUAAUUAUUUUAUGAAAUACACAAGCGUAAUUAGUAAUACAUGAUCAAUAAAAUUGUAUAUGUUUACAAAUGUCAAAUUAUAUUAAUGCAUUAUAAAAACAAGUUCCAUCAGAACCAAUGGGUCAACACACACAUAAGUUAAUUAGUGCCAAUACUUGAACUGAAAAUUGUAUGAACACAUUUGAUACUUUGUGAUUUCUUAAAUUUCAUCACUAUUCAGUACUCUAUGCAUUAAUCACUUAAAUGUUCAAAAUUUAACAUUAUUUAGGCAUAAUGGUAAAAAUCAUAUAGCAACAACUGAAGUUUUGUCCCAUUUAUGAUUUGUAAAUUGGACAUUACUUGUAGAUAUUUUAUAAGUUCUCUCUCUUUUAAAUGUUUUAUAAAUACACAUUUUCUUUAAAACAUUUAGAAGCUGUUUUUUUCUAAUAAAAGCUUAUAAUUUUUAAAAUUUAAUUAAUUGGACUAUAAAUUUUAGCUUUUUUCUUCCAAUGAAACUUUUACAAAACAGCAAUAACUUUCAUAGCAAUUUUCUUCUUUCUUAAAUAAUAUGCAAAAAGCCAUUUUGAUAAAUUAAUGAAUGGAAACUUUGGACCAGAUUUCUCAAACUUAAAUAGUUUUAAAAUAUAUAUUUUGGUACUGAAAGUACCUGUCAGGUUUGUAUAUUCUUAACUGAUGUUUAACUGAAUUUUUUAAAAUCAUUAGUAACUUAAUAAUAGUUUAUAGACAUUAUUAUCAUUAACACACAUUUAAUUAACUAAUUUUUAAAAAUUGCUUAACUCUGGUGUGUCUACAAAAAAAAAUUUUUGUUGGGUGGGCAGUGACUUAUUUAUAUCUAUCAUGACUAAAAGGGAUCUUAUUUAUAUUGAACACAAUUGUUAAACAAACUAUUUUUGUGAUUUAGCCAUUGAUCUUUAACAAAUUUUAUUCCUUCCAUAGCUCCCCGUUGCACACUCUCUGCUAUUAGAGUCUUCCAACUAUUUAAAACAUUUUGUCCUCAUAGUUUUAUUUUGUAUGAAUAAGUUGUUAUUCCAAAUUAUUAUUGUUGUUUUUAUUUAUAUUUUUGUUAACAAAAAGAAAUCCCAUGUUUUAUUGUGUUUAUAAUUUGUGAAAUUUAUUGUGAGUCCCUGGGCCUAUUUCAGAAAGAACGAGAGGCAUUGAAGGAAAGAUUACUCGAGCAGUAUAAGGUAUUCCCGACGAUGAUUUCUACUACAUUUGAUUACCUUUACUGCUUUAUUUGAGCCUCAUCACCAUGUUAAGAAUGCCUCAUUCCAAUCUUAAGUUAAGAGUUUGAAGUUUUCAUUGCUGAUUUUGCAAUUCAAACAAUUUAUCUAAUCAAGACGGAGUCUUAUUCUCAACAAAACUUAAUGAGAUGAGCGAAUAAAAAGAUUUUAGACAACUGAUAAUAUGUAAAAAAAAAAAAAUUAUUAUUUAAACUUUCUUAAAAAUGUAUUCAGGAAUGUUCACUUGAUUUUUAAAAAACUUAUUCAUAAAAAAUAAAUUGAUUGAUUGAUUUUAACAAGCACAUACAAUUUUCAAAUUAGAUUAUUACAGUUACAAAUUGCUAUAAUUUAAAGAUUUCUUAUUAACUUUUUUUUUGUACAUGAAAAAAUAUGUUUUUGUUUUUAAAAAAACAGAUUAAAGCUCUAAAAUGAAAAUAUUAACUUUGAAGUUAGAAAUAAAUAUUUAAUGAAGCAUUUGAUCUGAAAUGUUAAUGUUAACUUUGAAGCUAGAAAUAAAUAUUUAGUAUAGCAUUUGAAACUUCGAGUUAUUAUAGAUUCAGUACAAAGUGUGUAGUAAAAGUUACUGCUACAUUUGCAGGGUGCAUUUUAUCCUAUAUUAUUUUAACUUUCCUAUUCUGUAGAUAACAAUAUAGGCUUGCCAUCUUCAAAACUCUAUCCUUAUUUACUCCAAAACAUACUGGACUUGCUUAAAAGAAACUUACUUUAUGUAGAGACAAUUGCUGUAGAUAUUACAAGAAAUUCUUGACAUAAUCUAUAUAUUUAUUUUUGCAAAAUAUUUAAUUUUAGUUAUAAUAUGUAGUGAAUAUUCAAUUAGAACUAUUAUUUCUUGAGAAAAAAAAAAAUGGUGUUGAAAUAAUAAGGCACACUUCAUUGUGUAAGUUAGUACUAGUUUUAUAGAAUAGUACUAUGCUGUAUGUAAAACAUAAUCAAUUGUCAUUACAUUAAACAUUUUUCUAGAAGUAAAUUUAAUGCAUUGCAAUCGUAAAGAUAAUAAUUUGGCACUGCUUUAAAUACCCAGCAUUCUUAUUUAUCAAGACAGCAUGGUAUCAACUUAGAAACAAAUGUUUGAAAAAAGAUGGAAUGAAGAAAUGUAUUUUUGACAUUAUUAUUUUUUUGGUUUAUUUAUAUUUUUACAACCUGCUAACUUGUGUGCUUGUGUUAAAAAGUAAUUGCAUUGUGCCAGGGUGGGGAGUUAAUUGAAUAUGUCUUAAAAGUUUCUAAUUUUAAAAAAAAAUUAUUAAAAUAAAAUUAUUUUAAAUAUAUAAUAGAUUGCCUAUUACAUUAUAAUUUUUGUAUCAUACCACUUAAAUUCUUAUCCAUGCAUAAAUGAUGAGUCAAAUAAUAAUUUAUCAAUAAAAGAAAUCUUUAGCUGAAAUUCAUUUAAAUCAGAGCAUUGGAGAAUAAUGGUUUUUAAAUACUCUUAUACAACAUCAAAAUACUUUCUCCUAAUAUGCCCUUACCCACCUUGAGCUCUCCCCAUGCCUACCUUUAAUUUUGUCCCAUGCCCUCCCUUAAUUUUUUUUUACUUUACCUCCCUUUGCUCAAAGGUUGAAGUAAGAUUUUAUUUGACUUACCAAUCCUCUAUAUUUCUACAAAAUAAAUGUAGAUAAUGCCAGGCAUAGCCAAGUGUCAGCAUUGCUGUUUUUGAUGAUUGAAAACAAACAAUUUCUUUUAGAAAAUUAAAGCAAUCUGCUUUCAUUGAAAAAUUAAAAAUUGCAUUCUAUAGCAAAUCUGGAUCAGCCAACUUUCCAUUUCCAGAAUUAUAUGAUUGCAUGGCUCCACUGAUCAAUAGAAUUUUAUAUGUAUACAAAUGUGCUCCAAAUUGAUUUAAAGAGCCAGAAGAUUUUACAGGUUUAAGCUUAUAUUCUGUCUCACAAACACACACAGCAGUAGAUUUUUUUCUUCUUCGUCUUUUGACUAAUGUGAUCAGAGUUAUCAUUUUAUCCCUACUCUUAGUAUGAAUAGACAGCAACCUCUAUUUUCUGCUCCAAUGCUCUGAUUAAAAAUUUAAAAAAUAAAAUUUCUAAGGCACAAAUAGAAUUAUGUUAAAUAGGAUAAAAUAUGCAGAAUGCAACAUAACAAUACUUAGAUUUUUGUUUGCCUUCCUCUUAAAGUAGACAUGCUUUUGACUUACAGGAAAAGAAAAUUGAUAUGAAAGAAAGUUUGAUAAGUGAUUUAAAAGAAAAACGUGGUAUGAUAGAGCUUGAAAGACAAACAAUGGAUUUAAAUGGUGGUAAGAUCUUUUACAUGUUUCUUAAAUAGUUUUUCUUUAAAAAAAUUAUUUUAAACUUGUAACAUUUAUUAAAAGAACCAUGUGCAAUUCUAAUUAAACUGACCAAUUUCAUUGUUUUAAAAGAUUUUACUAUUGAAAACUUCAUACAAUCACUUGUGUGCAUCACUGUGGAUAAGAUUAUUCAAACAGUAUUAAAAUUCAUCAAUAUUUUAUAACCUUUCCUAACUAACAUAAACCAAAAGUUAUUUUGUUUCCAGCUGAUUUCAUGGAAGUAAAGCCUACAAUGACUCGCAAAUUGAGGAGGCGACCAAAUGACCCAGUCCCAAUACCAGAGAAAAGAAGAAAACCCUCACCUGAUAUCCUUUUAUGAUUUAUCUUUUUAAAAUGUUAACAUUACCUUAAAAGAAAACCCACUACUGUUUAAAAUUUAUAAAUGCAAGAUUAAGAUGGAUUUGUUUAUAUUUGAUCUGUUUUAUACUCAAAAUUUUUUUUUUCUUCCAAGUGUUCUGUUAUUUUUAUUUUUCCACCAUUUAAUUUACAUCAACUUUGUAUAGAUUUCUUACCCAUUACUGUUUUUUUUUUAAAGGGACAAAUCAGAGAUGAAAGCUUCAGGCUAAUAUAAAAUUCUGUAAAUUCAUUGUUCAAUUCUGUUAAUAUAUAUUAUAUAUGAAACAAAUACAAGGCUUUAACAAUGUUUCAAAAAAACAAAAAAGAAAAAAAAGACAAACACCAAGUGGGCCUAGAAAAUUAUUUCUCUUAACUCAAGUCACCUCAGGUUAGUCUACUGUUGGAUGAUAAUGAAAUCUCAACAGACAUCAGGUUACUACUCAAAGUCAGUGGGAAACCAGUAGCAAAGAAACAGAUCAUUGCCAGCCCCAGUCCUGUGCCAGAAAAUUCCUCAGAUGUGAGGAUAGAGGAUGGAAGAUUGUGGUAUGAUAAAAAAUGGUAAGCUAAAUUUUAUUUAUCAUAGUACUAAACAGAAUGAUAUAAUGCAGUGGGGAAUGUCAUAGCCAACAGAAACAUUCUACAAUUUUACACUUUCAAUUUCAUACUUAUUUUGCUUAUACUUACAUAUAACUGAUGUUGUUUUCACUUAAAAAGUAUAUUUUUAAAAAUAGAGAUUGCAUACUUGUAAACCAAUCGUUAACAAAAUUACAUCAAUUAAAAAUAAAUAAUAAAAUGCACAUCUUUAUUUACUUCAUAGAUGGUUUAUAAUAAUGUGAUAACAGUUCAAUAUUUAAUAUUCCUGAUCAGGUAUCAGAGAAACACAAUGGUACAAGUAGACAGCAAAGAAGGAGGGCCAAGAAUUUAUGGAACCAUCACAAAUAUAGGAAAUCAAGAGGUUAGUAUAUUUUACUGUACCUGCAAGUAUUUACAAUGUUUCAGAAAUAAUAACUAACUUUAAAAAAAAAAACAAUAAGAUUUUUGUUUUGUUUAUCUCUAGGUAUUCUUUAACAAUGCUCCAAACAUCGUACAUAUUAUUUUGGUGAAAGUUUUCCAUACGGAAUACAUUGAUUAAGUUUUGCUUGUUUCAAGUUAUUACUUUAUGAAUUAAAUCGAUGUUUAACUACAUGAAAGUAAUGAACCUAUUUUAAAUCAUCAACAAAAGACUCGUGCCAAAAUAUAGUUUUAUAUUUCAACCAAACUGUUCCUUUCUCUCCAGAUUUGGAUCAAACGAAGUGGUGAUAACUCCAAGCUGCGCAUCUACAUUUCCCAGCUGCAUAAGGGUAAAUUUGUCAUGAAGAAACGGACGACGUAGCAUCUGACGACUUUUUAAACACUUCCUUAUCAGUUUAAUGUAUUGGCAUGAGAACAAUGUGAUGCUCCAACAAGUCUGCAGAGCUGCUGAAUGGGAGGAAAGUAUCUGUGGAUUACUGUCUUUUAAACAGUUUCAAAGUCUUGCUAAGACUGAUGAACCUUUGGAAAACUGGGGACCUCAAGUUUCUGACGAUCACCUGGCAGUGAGCAUGGGAGAAUGGUGCAAGACACAGUUUCAAGGGGACCUCAAGUUGUUGAACUCGAUAACCCAGCAGUGAGCAUGGGUUGAUGUAGACAACAAUCAAAAGAGAAAUGUGACCUGAAAAUAAAACAUUAAACGAAUAGAUCAGGGCAUUCAAACUUUCAAAAGGAUUGCAAGCCUGAAGGUGACAACAUACUUCAAUUCAUCUUUAACCAGACCUGUCUCUUAAUACAAGCUGUUAAACAAAUCACUUGGAUGCCUGCGAGCCGACACCAUGGCAUGACUUGUAAACCCAUGAAAUAGAUGGUAUCCCAUCUUUCUUGAGCGUUGAAAUUUGUUUAUGGGAUAUCAUAAUGUUUUAAAAUGUUGUUCAUGUGCAUAAUCCAUAGAAGUAGAAGGUUGUUGUAUCUUCAAUAAACUGAAUAGAGUCAGCAAAAAUAGAUUAAAAAAAAAAAAUCUGAACUCUGGCAGCACCAAGGCUUUAACUUUCUUAACAGUACCAAAUACAUCCAUAAGUACAAAAAAAUUCCCCAUCAGUAUCAAGCACCUCCCAUCAGUACCAAACACUUCUUAUCAGUACCAAGCACUUCUCAUCAGUAUCAAGCGCUUCCCAUCAGCACCAAGCACAUCUCUUCAGCUCCAAGCACUUCCCAUCAGCACCAUCAGUCCAAGCAUUUCCCAUCAAUAUCAAGCACAGCCCAUCAGCACCAAGCACAGCCCAUCAGCUCUUGGCAAUUCCCAUUAGGUCCAAGCACUUCCCUUCAGUACCAAAACUUCCCAUCAGUACAAUCAGUAUCAAGCAUUUCCCAUCAAUAUCAAGCACAGCCCAUCAGCACCAAGCACAGCCCAUCAGCUCUUGGCAAUUCCCAUUAGGUCCAAGCACUUCCCAUCAGUAUCAAUCACUUCCUAUCAGUAUCAAUACUUGUCAUCAGUACCAAACACUUCUUAUCAGUAACAAGCACUUCCCAUCAGUAUCAAACACUUCCCAUCAGUAUGAAACAACAAUUUUGUGGAGGAUGCAAGAAAUUAUGGUGUGUCGUCAGUACACUUAAAAAAUCCAAUUGUGAACGAAUGUUAUCAUUUUAUUUUUAUAUAUUUAUAAAUAAAUGCCUACAAUUUCAAAAUUAUUAAUAUUUUUUGAAAGAUCUGACUGGAAAGGAGAACCUUACAUAUGAACUAAUAGCUAAUACUCAAAAUCAUUAUAAUCAAUAUUUAAAGUUUUUGUAUUCUCUCAUAUCAGGGCUUGAAAGUGGUAUUAAAAGGAAAUUUAUCACAGGGGCCACAAGUGUUCAGAAGAAUAAAUGAAUAUUGAAUUACUUUAAGUUUGGCUGUUGGUUAGUUGAUAGAAUGUAAUGUCAGCCAUUAUUACUAUAGAUUAAAUAUAGGAUUAAUUAGAAUAAAAAAACUCCAUUUGCAGUCAUUGAACUUGCCUAAUGUCAUCUGUGUCCAAUUGUUGAAAGAUCAUUGAAGUAACUGAGUAUGUUAUGUUUUAAUGAUCAUAAAGCUAGCUAUAGUACACAGUACAAAAGCUCUCUGUUCCUGCCAGUGUAUGAAUGUAGACAGUGUGUCAAUGGCAGCUGAUUAAAUACUUGUGAGAGAAGAGCCAUCCUGCAGUUAAUAAAGCUGGGUCAAGUGUAGAUAUUUUAAAUGAUCCAUCAACUGUUAUGUAGAAGUUGGUUAAUGUAAAGACAAGUGAUUGUUAUGAGGUAGACAACUGAAGAGGAUGGCUAGUGUAUAGAGAAGUGAUUGAUUUGAUUGUUAUGAACUUACUUGUAAUAUACUUAUGUUUGUACAGUGUCUGUCAAGGCAGUGCUUCUGUUGGGUGCCUUUUAUUGCACAUUAACAGUGUUAUAUUUUAGGUUUAUAUAAAUGAAUUGAC